AUGUCUGAUAAUUCGAUUUGUCCCGUUUGUGGAGGGAGUAAAAUUGAUAAAAGUGAUAUUGGGCAAUUAGUUUGUCUUCAGUGUGGAAAUAUUAUAACUGCUUAUUCACUAAAAAUUGAUAAAGAGUUUGAAAAUAACGACAAAACAGACAUAAGUUCAAAACCCAUGCCUACAAGAAGAAUUGUUAAAACAGGAGCUGGACUAAACAAACGUCUUAGAAUUAUAAAGAAAAAAAUUGAAUUAAAAGAAAAGUUGAAAAUGAGAUGUGUUCUAGAAAAGAGGGCAGUGUCAAGAGAUGAUUCAUACUUUACUUCUCUUCAAAAAAUUUCUUAUGUUUAUUGUGAGGUAAUGGCUAAAUUUUAUGAAGUUGAUGUACAAGAAGCUUUAAAAUAUAUUCGUGAACAAAUUAUACAAUUUAAAGGAUAUAGUGAAGAUCCAACAGAUUUAAUCAAUCAACGACUUGCCAAAUUAAAGUCAUAUGAAAAUCAAUUAAAAAAAUAUAAAAUAAAGGAUAAAAUAGAAACGUAUCUGAAGAAAAAGAAAGUAUUAGCUGAGCAUUUAAACAAGAAAAAAGACUUACAAAUUAAAAAAGAAGAGUCACUUAGUGGAGAAGAAUCAGAAAAUAUAGACAAGUUACUUGGAGAAGAGGGAUUACAAAAUGUAGAAAAGUUACUUAAUGGAGAAGAAUCAGAAAAUGUAGAAAAGUUACUUAAUGGAGAAGGAUUAUUUAAUAAAUUAAAUGAAGAAUCACCAGAAGAUAACGAAUCCAAUUGGUUAGAACAAGAAUAUUUGAAAUAUUCUGAUGUAACAGAAAGUCAAAAUACCAUUAAUACAUAUUCUGAAAAGGAAUAUGAGGUAUUUAAAAAUAGUUUGAUUAGUAGUAUUGAAGAUCCAUUUAUUAAAGAAGCACUCAUUCGAAAUAUGAAUAGUAAUGAACUCUUUAAACAAUAUUCAAAACCUAUAAAAAGGUUAGAUGAAAAGUACAAAUUAACAGGAGAUAUUAUAGUUGAUACCAUAGAAAAAUACAGAAGAGGAAAAAUUGUUUUAAAUAAAAAGCUUUCUUCAGAAUUCCCAUUAUUCUCAACUUAUGUUGCUUUAUUUCGUUGUGGUCAAAAAAUUCCAUAUCAAAUAUUUUUUAGAGAUGUUGUUAAUCAACGAUUACCAAUAUUUAGUAAUUUGACAAUUAUUGAAUCGCUUAGAAGUGAUCAUAAAUUUGGUAAUUUCAUUUUUAAUUCAUUUGGUCAAUAUAUGGUAGAUUCAUCUUGUUUUACUCGUAGGUUUGAGUAUUGGAAUUUUCAUUAUAAUAUUGGUGGACCUUUUUUAUCUGUUGAAGAAUCAAUGAAAUGUUAUAUUAAUGAAUUAGAUAUUCCAGAAGGGUUUUAUGAUUUAGCAAUGAUAUUAUAUAAUUCAUUAAAUCAAAGUCAUCCAUCAGUUUAUGCUUUUAUGUCAUUUAUAUUUCUGGCAGUUAGAUUUUUAACACUUGGAUGGGAUAAAAUAGAUGAUAACUAUUUUGCUAAUAAAUAUAUACACAAAUAUAGUUAUUGUUGUGGAAAUAUUUUAGUGUCAAAUUGUCAUGAAAUUGAAUUGCUUAAUGAACGAGGUAAAAUUGAACAACUUAUUGAUGCAAUGACUAGUUCUAAUGUUAGUUUUCAAAAGAAAAUACAACAAACACAACUAAAAAAUGUUCCUCUUUAUCAUAUUAUUGAAAAUUGGAAAAGAAAAACUCGUGGAUUAGAAAAUAUUUCUUUUAGAAGUUUAGAUGAUGUCUUAGAAAAUGAAUUGGAUCAAGAAUUUAUUAAUGAUGUUGAGUCAUUUGAAGGAAGUGGUGGUGAGUCAGAAGGUAAUGCUGAUAUUAUAGAACCAGACAUAGAAGGAGAAAGUAUUAAAUUAAGUGAAGAAGGAGAAAAUGAUGAAGACAUUAAAGGAUUAGUAACCGGAUAUUUUAUUCAAGACUUAGAGUCUAGUAUUUCUGAGAAAAGAUUAAGACCAGUUAAAAUAAAGAAAGAACUAAAAGAAAAAAGUAACAUUAUUAAAGAAAUAAAAGAAUGGUUUGGUAUUGAUGAGUCUAAAGAAAUAGAAUCAUUAUUUAAACCAAUUGGAUAUAAUUCUAUUAACAAAUCAAUAGACAGUAAUCAAACCGAACAAAAUAUUAAUAAUUCAUUAAAAGAUAAAGAUAUUUCUUCAAAUAAACAUUCAACUAAAUUAAAAAUUACUAAAAUAUUAACUAAAUGUUAUUCUUCUUUAAUUGCAUCAAUUUCUUAUGAACAAACAAGAAAAAAAAGUUAUAUUCCAAGUCCAACUAACGUUCAUGAACAAGAAAAUCUUUUUAGAGCAUUCUUUGAUUUUGAUAAUUCUAACCCACCUCCUUCUUUUAAAAUUUCAUUUAAACCAAUUCAAACUGAAUUUGAUGAAAUUACUGUAGAUGAACAACAAACUGCCAUGUUAUCUGUUCGUUCUUUAAUGGGAAAAGAAUAUUUUCAAAUUGCAGAAAGUUUUGAAUAUAAACCAUUUGAAUUUUCAUCAGUAGAAAUGAUAUUCUUAGAGGUAAUGGCAAGAAAAUUAAGUGUUUCAUGUGAGACAUUAUUUAGCAAUGUAGUUAGACGUUGGUAUCAAUUAGAAAAAAGUUUUAUAUAUCCAUGUGUAAACAUCAAAAGAAAAGAUCUUUCUCAUAUCUAUCAUUCAUCGGAAAAAUUAGUUAAAACAGUUUUUGACAAAUAA